AUGGGUAUAUUCAUGGAAACCACCAAAGUUAAUUUGGUCACUGCCAGUUACCGGAGACGUGCUGAGCAGGAACUAUUUGGUACGAUGAGUGCGCCCGGGGAGGCGUUUUACUCAGACACGUUACACACCAUUGCGAUUAAUACUAGGGAGACAGAGUUCGGUAGCAUAGUCGAACCGAUUCCCAUCAUGUUGAAAACGUAUAAACAGUUUCAUCCGAACGGCCACACAGUUAACGGCUAUGGGUUUCCUCAGCCAGUGAUUACUCCCUUGGCACCAGUACCCAUAACUUCUGUCGAGAAACCAACCCCCUCGGCUGUCCAAGCCGUAAAGGAAGAAGUAAAGGAUAUGCAAAAGAUCGCAAGGCCUCCAAAAAAGAAGUGGAUCAAAGAGUACUUGGAGGAGGAGCCCAAGUCGCCGGUGUCGCUGAGGCUGGCGGGGGUGGCGGUGGCGCGCGGCAACGGCGUGGUGCGCCCGGCGUCGCCCGUGUCGGCGCCCCCCGCACCCCCCGUGCCCCUCGUGCCGGCACCCCCUGCGCUCCCCGUGCCCCCGGCGACGGGACCUCUCGCGCCCACCGCACCCCCCGCGCCCCUCGAGCCGGCUAUCACGCCCCUCGACUUCAUACAAGAACAUUCCAGGCCGCGUACUAGCCACGGACCACCCCAAAUCCCAUCACCACCAUCGGCCAGCAGUAAUGGCAGUGGUAGUGGUAGCAACAGCGGUGGUAGCGCCCCCCGGGCCGGAACCCGCGAGGUGCACAACAAAUUAGAAAAAAAUCGUCGAGCUCAUCUCAAAGAGUGCUUCGAACUCCUCAAAAGACAGCUACCCGCCACGCCUGAUGAUAAGAAAACGUCUAACCUAUCUAUUCUUGGCUCAGCUAUUAGGUAUAUUCAGGUGCUUCGAAGAAAGGAACGCGAAUGCGAGCACGAAAUGGAGCGGCUGGCCCGUGAGAAGAUCGCGGCGCAACAAAGACUCGCCACGUUGAAGCGGGAGGUAUCCGUCCGCGCCAUAGUACGCCCUCGUAGUAUCGAUGCCGUUUCUGAAGAGAAAGAUAUGGACGAUAAUAUCAAUGGGCAGGUCUUAGGAAUACCUAUAAGUAUUACGUCUUCGCCGCCGCACGCGAGAAUGGAGUCGUCGCCCCCGCGCACUCUUAACCUGAGCACGAAGCUGCGCGCGCUGCCUAUACAAAUAACACCCACCACCUCGCAGGUUGUGAGGACGUCGUACGGCACUAGGCAUAACACCUUAACCCUAACAAAGAUCGCUCCGGCAGAACCCUCUACGCAGAACGGUCAAGAAAAUGGCGUGAACACGUUGAACAAUUUAUUGCAUCCAGCUCAAAUUCACCUCCCACUUUCACAAGUGGUAACCAGUGGUGGUCUGGUAGUAGGGCCGGCGGCGCUGCAGCUGCUGUCCACCAGCGGCCUGCGAGUGUUGCAAGCGCCAUCUAUCCACACCAAUGGUAUAACAACGGAUAACAGUAGGAUAGCUAAAGAAAAUGGUAUUGUCACGCCUCCGCCCACAUCCACUGUGGGCAGCGUGGUGGUGAGCGGCCUCGCGCCGCUCGUGGUGUCACAGCCGGCGGCGCAUCUGCUGCAAACGCACACACUUACGCAUAAGAUGGUAGAAACCCAAAUGGUGAAGACGGGCGUGACCCCGCUGGUGAGCGCGCAGUACGUGAGCACCACCAUAGUGAAGCCUGUGGUGGUGGUGUCCAGCGCGCCGCCCACG